AUGAGAGAAUGUACUUCGUAUCAUGAUUUAUCUUUGAGUCAAAAGUUGGAUUCGCUUCCUCUAUCUCUGUUCAAAUUCACCAACUCUAAACUAGUGAAAACGACCAAAUUAACUUUACUUGAAAGCCUAAAGGCCCCAUUUUCACCAUUCUUGCUUUACAAAACAUUUGCUAAAAAAUCUUAUGACUUCACUGAAGUGCAAAAAGACAAAACAAAAAAAAACCACCACGAAGCUUUUGAGUUUUGGUGUUCAUAG